AUGAUGAAUGCUGACAUGGAUGCAGUUGAUGCUGAAAAUCAGGUGGAACUGGAGGAAAAAACGCGACUUAUUUAUCAAGUGUUGGAACUCCAACACACACUUGAAGAUCUCUCUGCAAGAGUAGAUACAGUUAAGGAAGAAAAUCCGAAGCUUAAAUCAGAAAACCAAGUUCUUGGACAAUAUAUACAAAACCUCACGUCAGCUUCCAGUGUUUUUCAAACAACGGACACAGAAGGCAAGAUAAAGUAGGGGAUUGAUGUCCCUUCUGUUUCAUGGAAUUGCUGCUGACUUUUUUUAUCCUUUAAAACCUUGAUAGAUUCCAAAAGUUACGUACUUUAUUUGUGGCUUCACUGAGUAUUUUUUUUUUAUUUGACAGGUAGAGUUAUAGACAGUGAGAGACAGAGAGAAAGGUCUUCCUUCUGUUGGUUCACUCCCCUAAUGGCCACUACGGCCAGCACUGCGCUGAUCUGAAGCCAGGAGCCUCCAGGUCUUCCAUGUAGGUGCAGGGACCCAAGCACUUGGGCCAUCCUCCACUGCCGCCCCUUCCCCCGGGCCAUA